AUGGCGAUCCUCUCCGGUUCCUCCGGGGACAAACGGGGCAAGGGCGCCGCGGGUAUCCCGCGGCACCCCCCUCCGGCGAACCUGAUUCGCCUACCUGAAGUAGGAAUUAAGCGAGAAGAGUUUGGUAACGCCGGCAAAACAAUGGGUAGAAGAAAAGCGGAAAGAGAGAUCAGAGAGACUAGAGAGAUGACAGAGACACGAGAGAGAAGUGUGACUUUUGAAGAUGUAAACCGGGUAAAGAAUAUGAUUGAGCGCUGCCUUAUGUUGUACAUGAACCAGAAACAAACUGUGGAAACUCUGUGGAAGGAACAAAAAAUAGAACGUGUAUUGACUGAAACUGUAUGGGAGCGGCUUCAGCAAGAUAAUCCUGACUUUUUUAGGGUAUAUUAUGUCAGGCUACUUCUAAAAGGCCAGUUAGCUUUUUUCAAUAUGCUCCUUGAGAAGCAGGCUAAUAGCAUGGGUAUUCCAGGAAAAUCUGUGUGUGGUAAAUGUGGGACUGCUCUUCUCCACCGUUGGGGAGCAACUUAUGUGAGUUGUGCAACAUGUUCCGCAAUAAUCUCAGUGCCCCCACAAGAGAAAAUUCCAGAACAUGGCAUUGAACAAGCUUCAACUUCUUUGGCAGCACAAUAUAUUUCAGGAUCUGGAGGUGAUGAUCUCUUGGCAGCGCGCUCAUUAACUGGAGAUGCUGAUGGUGCGUCCUCCCACCAGUUUGAGAUGUCCGGCAAACCAUCCACUGAGCUUCCUCUUGAUGCUGAUACAUCAUUAAAAAGUUUUGUUCCUCAAGAUUUAGCUGAGGAACUCCCCGAUGUUGAUGAAUCUUGGUUUGGAUUAUCUGAUUGGAGUCUUGAAAGUUUAACUGAGAAUCUCGUUAAACAUAAUACAGAUUCAUCUCAAUUACCUGAUCAGAUUUCCGAACUUUACAGUUCCCCUGAUUUAAAAAGUGACGAGAAAAUUCCAGAACAUGGCAUUGAACAAGCUUCAACUUCUUUGGCAGCACAAUAUAUUUCAGGAUCUGGAGGUGAUGAUCUCUUGGCAGCGCGCUCAUUAACUGGAGAUGCUGAUGGUGCGUCCUCCCACCAGUUUGAGAUGUCCGGCAAACCAUCCACUGAGCUUCCUCUUGAUGCUGAUACAUCAUUAAAAAGUUUUGUUCCUCAAGAUUUAGCUGAGGAACUCCCUGAUGUUGAUGAAUCUUGGUUUGGAUUAUCUGAUUGGAGUCUUGAAAGUUUAACUGAGAAUCUCGUUAAACAUAAUACAGAUUCGUCUCAAUUACCUGAUCAGAUUUCCGAACUUUACAGUUCCCCUGAUUUAAAAAGUGACGAGAAAAUUCCAGAACAUGGCAUUGAACAAGCUUCAACUUCUUUGGCAGCACAAUAUAUUUCAGGAUCUGGAGGUGAUGAUCUCUUGGCAGCGCGCUCAUUAACUGGAGAUGCUGAUGGUGCGUCCUCCCACCAGUUUGAGAUGUCCGGCAAACCAUCCACUGAGCUUCCUCUUGAUGCUGAUACAUCAUUAAAAAGUUUUGUUCCUCAAGAUUUAGCUGAGGAACUCCCUGAUGUUGAUGAAUCUUGGUUUGGAUUAUCUGAUUGGAGUCUUGAAAGUUUAACUGAGAAUCUCGUUAAACAUAAUACAGAUUCGUCUCAAUUACCUGAUCAGAUUUCCGAACUUUACAGUUCCCCUGAUUUAAAAAGUGACGAGAAAAUUCCAGAACAUGGCAUUGAACAAGCUUCAACUUCUUUGGCAGCACAUUAUAUUUCAGGAUCUGGAGGUGAUGAUCUCUUGGCAGCGCGCUCAUUAACUGGAGAUGCUGAUGGUGCGUCCUCCCACCAGUUUGAGAUGUCCGGCAAACCAUCCACUGAGCUUCCUCUUGAUGCUGAUACAUCAUUAAAAAGUUUUGUUCCUCAAGAUUUAGCUGAGGAACUCCCUGAUGUUGAUGAAUCUUGGUUUGGAUUAUCUGAUUGGAGUCUUGAAAGUUUAACUGAGAAUCUCGUUAAACAUAAUACAGAUUCGUCUCAAUUACCUGAUCAGAUUUCCGAACUUUACAGUUCCCCUGAUUUAAAAAGUGACGGUGCAGAUGGUGUUUCAAAUUCUGUCAUACCUGGUCGGUCCUCUGGACAUCAAAGAAUCCAGGAGGAUGGUAAUGCUUCUGUUCCAGCUCAUGGGCUGAGCAUAUCAGCAAGCAUGCUGGCAACAGAGAACUCAAAUACAGGAACAUUUCCUCAGGUGAUAAAUACAACAAAAAUGACAGACAAUGGCUAUCUAAACAACUCAGGAUUGACAUUCUCUACUGACAUUAAUCAGUCAGGAGCGGCUCCUGAUCCACCUUUUCAAAAGUUGGAGAUGGCUGAACAAAAACAAAUCCUUUAUACCAAAACAUCGUCAUUUGAACUUGAGAAUCGGAUUCCUCAAAUUCUUAGACUCUCUGAUUCAACAAGUGUUGGUGGAUUCAAGCAGAGGAGAAAUUUUGUAAACAAAGGGGCUACAGGUGUGCAUGCAUUGGGUGCAUACCAAUUUUAUACAUAAUCUUUUUAUUUAAAUUAGCUGCCAUUCAGUCACUUGUUUUGGUUCAGCUGUUGUCAUAUUUCAAUUGUCAUGUAUUUGAUGCAUGAUAAUUCUGGACAUUCAUAGAUUCUUGUUAGUUGACCUUUACAAUUCAAUUCAUUCAACUCCGGUACUCUUUAAGUGCAGUUA